AUAAUCUACAUAACCUUAAAAACGACGCUCCAUCAGGGAGUAAACAAGACUCGUUGAUUUUCAUUUUGUAUCUUAGACAAAAUGAGAACGAAUUGAUAUUUAAAAUUUCAAAUCUCAUCAUCUUUGCAAUCGUUAGUAUUUUUUUUUCUUAUUGUUUUUGCGGUCGAACACUUAACGUUAAUUCGGAAAUUUGAAACUUGAUCAAUCAUUAUUUUUCUAUUUUCCUUGUGGAUUUUGUGACAGUUUCUUCUAUAUUAUUUCCUUACCAUUUUUUAUAAAAUACUAUCCCGUUCUUACACUCUCAAGGAAAAAUUCGACAAUUGCGACUGCUCAAAGAAAAAAAAUAUAAAAAUUCCAAGAUCAGUGAAUCGUCAGAUUGAUAAUUGUUUUUGUUUAUAUUUUAUUGUGGUUACUCGUUCAAUGUGUCCGGUGUCUGUGCACGCAUGAAUCGUCAAAAUAUGCUGGUUACAAAAAUGUUGAUGAAAAUUCUCAGGAUCAACGAUCGUCGGCUAAGGAAAAAAUGAGUGUGGAAGAACGUUUCGUUACUGAAGUUCCUAGCAGUCUGAAACAAUUGGCUCGUCUGGUUGUGCGUGGUUUCUACACCAUCGAAGAUUCCCUCAUAGUUGAUAUGCUAGUGAGAAAUCCGUGUAUGAAGGAGGAUGAUAUCUGCGAGCUGCUCAAGUUCGAGAGAAAGAUGCUGAGGGCAAGAAUAUCGAUUCUUCGUAACGACAAAUUUAUACAGGUUCGAUUGAAAAUGGAAACGGGCACCGAUGGUAAAGCUCAAAAAGUGAAUUUUUACUUCAUUAACUACAAGACGUUUGUUAACGUUGUUAAAUACAAAUUGGAUCUCAUGAGGAAGAGGCUAGAAACGGAGGAGAGAGAUGCGACGAGCAGAGCCAGUUUCAAGUGUUCAAAUUGUCUCAAAACAUUCACAGAUCUCGAAGCAGAUCAAUUAUUCGACAUGGUAACCGGAGAAUUUCGAUGUACUUUUUGCCGCGAAGUCGUGGAGGAAGAUCAAUCCGCACUGCCAAAAAAAGAUUCGAGACUGUUGCUCGCCAAAUUCAACGAGCAACUCGAGCCACUUUAUAUCCUUUUGCGAGAAGUGGAAGGAAUCAAACUAGCCCCAGAAAUUCUCGAACCCGAGCCCGUUGAUAUAAACACGAUAAAGGGGAUCGAUUCGAGAAAACAACCGAAUAUGCGAGCACCGAGCGACCAGUGGUCCGGAGAGGCAACGAGAAGCGGUGGUUUUGCGGUGGAGGAUACUCGAGUGGACGUUACAAUCGGUGAUGAAAGUACCGAUGAUAAUGCGGCGAAUCGUCGUAAAGAGAGGCCCAUAUGGAUGAUGGAAAGUACGGUACUGAGCGCGGAUGGAACCCAUCCAGAUUCCGUCAAUACGCAAGAAAGUAUUCUCGACAAGGCUGCUUCGACCGCUACCAAUACAAUACAAAAUACGAGCAACAAGCAGGGCGAAGAUAUUAUGUCGGUUUUGCUCGCUCACGAGAAGAAAGGCGGUACUACCAAUAUUUCAAAUGCCGUUAAAACUGUUCUUCCCCAAGAAUCCAGUGACAGUAGCGACAAUGAAGAACCGAAGGAGAUGCAGACGGUUGAUGCAGGUGACGUAGAAGUUAUGGAAUCCGAGGAUGACGAAUUGGUACCCACUGUGACGGUCGGUAAUAAAACCGUGGCUAUAACCAGCGUGAAUAAUGCUCUGAUAGAAGAAAUGACACCAGCGGAGAAAGACGCGUAUAUUCAAACUUAUCAAGAAUAUUAUUCGCACAUGUACGAUUGAUGGAUCGAAAAGGAGAAGGAAAAGAAGGAGAGGAGAAAAAAGCAACGGUGCGCAAUAUCUUGUAUAGAAAUAAAGGAAGCUCGUUGUUUCUUUUUGGAAAAUUCGUGUCGACGAUUCACUUUUUAACUCCAUUUUCAAUUGUAUCGUUUCGUUCAAAUUUUAUUUCAUUCUACUAUACAGCAGUUUGACUCAACGAUACAAGGAAUUAACAGCAUUGCAUCAUCAACAAACAAUACCACAUUAUUGUGUGAUAAAUACAAGAAAUAAAUUACAACUAAUAAAAUAUAUGUCACUUCUGGUUUGACGGGAAAUAUUUUUUUUGAAUAACUUUUUUUUUCUUCAAAGAUAAUAAGACGCAUUUUAACAAAGCUUACUUGAGAUUUGCAUUUUUUUGGUAGCUCGUUCGUGCAGCGGACAAAUUUCCAUCCGACCACCACCAUCGAAUGAAAAUUAUAAAUGAGCACGACAAGGCUCGGAGUUUUCUUUUCUCAUUUUGCCAUUUUUUUUGUAUUUUUUAAUUUUUUUUUU